AUGAAUGUGGAUCUAGCUUCUCCCCAAAGCCUGCCUGAAGCUUGUGUUUCUAGGGAUUCUCCACCAAUAUCUAUGAUUUGGGGAACUGAAGAAAAUACGCAGCUGUGCAUACUCCAAGACCAAUUUCAGAAACAGAAAUACCUCAGCCUCCAGCAGAUGCAAGAACUUGCCAUAGUCCUGAACCUUAGCUACAGACAAGUUAAAACCUGGUUGCAGAACCAGAGAAUGAAAUGUAAGAGGUGGCAGAAAAACACCAAAUGGCCAAAUAGCAGCAAUGGUGUGGCUCAGAAGGGAUGCCUUCCUUCUGGAAACCUUCCAGUGUGGAGCAACCAGAGCUGGAACAACCAGUCCUGGAACAAUCAGGCCUGGAAUAACCAGUUUCAGAACUGCAGAGAGGAAUUCAUGCUGCCUCAGAUCCAAUUCCAGUUCCAGCAAAAUUCUGCCAGUGAUCUGGAGGCCUCACAAACCAUGGAGUUACUCCUAAAUGACUCCAUGAACAUACAACCUGAAGAUGAAGCCCUAACCUAG